AUGUCUCUCCGCGAGUGGUACGGUGAACAGGAGAUCCUCCUGACUGGAGUGACCAGUGAACUCGGGCAUAAUUUGCUCGAGAAACUAUUGCGAUGUUUUCCUCACGUAAAAAUCCAUGCGGUACUAAGGUCAAGGGAAGGCCUAACUCAAACCGAUCGCGUUCACAAGAAGAUUUGGAACUCAGCCGGGUUCGAACGCCUACGUCAGGAACGUCCAAAUGCAAUGUCAAGGGUCGUAUGUUACGAGGGUAACCUCGUCUACAAUAACCUUGGAGUUCGUGAAGAGGAUCAUGAAUCAAUGGCAAAUGUUAGUUUGGUCUUUCACACAGGUGGAUCAUCCGAAAAACUGCUCGCUUACUGUCGCAAGCUGCCCAAGUUGCGAGCAGUCGUUGUUAUCGGCGAUCUUUUCAGCCUCGUAAGCGACCAGAUGAAUGAGAAAUCAUUAGAAGGUGAUCCUGAUUAUCCUGGUGACUUGCCGUUAGUAGUUGUACGAUUACCACCAAUAGGCCCAGCACAUCGAGACCCUAUGCCUGGUUAUGUGGAAAAAUUGCGAGGGGCUACAGCAUUGAUGGUUGGAGCAGGUCACAUGUACGGUCGAGCUGAUUUACCCGUACAAAUCGCUCCGAUGGAUAUUGUGAUAAACACUUUUAUCGGCGCUGCUUGGGAACUGGAUAAAAUGGGCAAACACAUAGCAACAGAACCUGUAUUUUACAAUGCUUCUACUAUCGAUUGUUCCUGGGGCGAGAUGAUUCGCAAAGGUGGUCGAGCUAGUCGGAAAUUCCAGUAUCCUAGUUUCCAUAUAAGAGGCAUUAGUUCUUCAAGGAUCUUACAUUGGUUUAUUGUAAUAUUUUUUGAAUGGUUACCCUCUUUCAUUUGUGACACGAUACUUUACAUAUUUCGACAAGAACCUAGAAUACUUGCCGAACACAGACGUGUGCGUAAACUGUUAUCAGAUUUCGAACCAAUGACUACACGGGCAGUGAAUGUGAAUCGACGAAAGAUGUUUGAUUUAAUAAAACUUUACAGUCCUGAGGAAAAAGAAGCAUUUCCAGUUCGCGCUGAAUUCGACGUCGAGGCAUAUUUACUUUGCGCUGCUGCUGCAACAAGACGUUAUUGCGUCAAUGAAGCUAACCUGAAGUUUAUUCAGUUUUUUAUGCCCGCAUUCUUUGCUAUCAUGGUUCUUGCCGUUAGCUAUUUUUAUUAUAACUGGGAGAGAAUUAUGGAUUUGUUCCCCAUACAAUGUCCUACAAACGAAUAGAUAUAAUUUUAGUAAUUGACUUGAAAAAAGAUAGAAAAAUACAUACAAUCUGUUUUACAGUGGUUUGAUAUUUUUUGCGGGAAUUGGCAUGAAAUUACAUAAAAAAACAUAUUUUUUUGGAUAAAUUAUUGUAUGAUAAAGAAGC